AUGGCUGCCGGCGGUACGCGAUACUUGCGAUUCAUUCUUUUCGCAGUCUUUGCCUUUCUCGUCGUGUAUCUGAUUACGCAAUCGACAUACAAUGGAACUUACGACCUUCCCAAUGGGGGCGUGCCAAACCCGUCAUCGUCUGGCAGCAAGAUCAAUUUGAAUCGUCCGGCCGUCGGAGAGUCCUACAACCCUGCCGACUACCCGAUGCCCAUGACCCCCAGCGAUGAGGGUUGGAACGAUAUCCUCUUCAACGGGCCUGCGCCUGGUCCCCGGAUGAAUGCGACCUUCGUCACUCUUGCCCGAAACAGCGAUCUGUGGGACAUGGCCAACUCCAUUCGAGAGGUUGAGGAUCGUUUCAACCGUCGCUACAACUAUGACUGGGUCUUCCUAAACGACAAGCCCUUCGAUGCCGCAUUCAAGAAGCUUACUACCUCACUCGUGUCGGGCAAGACCUACUAUGGCGAAAUUCCCAAGGAACACUGGUCCUUCCCCGAGUGGAUUGACCAGGACAAGGCUGCCAAGGUUCGUCAGGACAUGAAGGAGCGCAAGAUCAUCUACGGCGACUCUGUCAGCUACCGCCACAUGUGCCGAUUCGAGUCGGGCUUUUUCUUCCGCCACCCGCUCAUGCUGAACUACGAAUACUACUGGCGAGUCGAGCCCAACGUCAAGUUCUACUGUGAUAUCCACUACGAUCCUUUCCGAUACAUGGUCGAGAACAAGAAGAAGUACGCCUUUGUCCUGAGCUUGUAUGAGUACAUUGAGACCAUCCCUACCUUGUGGGAGAGCACCAAGAAGUUCAUCAAGAACCAUCCUGAGCAUAUUGUUGAGGGUAACUCGUUGGACUUCCUGAGUGAUGACGGAGGCGAGACAUACAACCGAUGCCACUUCUGGUCCAACUUCGAGGUUGGCAGCCUUAGCUGGCUUCGCUCUCGUCAGUACCUCGACUACUUCGAGUCCCUCGAUCAGGACGGCGGUUUCUUCUACGAGCGCUGGGGUGACGCUCCUGUCCAUUCCAUUGCCGCGGGUCUCAUGCUGAAGAAGGAGGAAAUCCACUUCUUCAACGACAUUUCGUACUGGCACGUGCCCUUUACCCAUUGCCCGACUGGAGAGAAACUCCGUCUAGAUUUGAAGUGCAACUGCAACCCGAAGGACAACUUUGACUGGAAGGGAUACUCUUGCACGUCGCGAUAUUACGAUAUCAACGGUAUGGAGAAGCCCGAGGGCUACGAGAACCAACAAGAUUAG